UUGAGCUGAGCCACGCGUCGCGCCACCUUCAACAUCGUACACAAUCCCCACAGACACAGAGAGAGAGAUAGAGAGAGAGCCAGCCACAAAUUAAAUGAAGCACCUUCACAAUUACACUCUCCUCCAUAAAAACCUCUCACUCCUUCCAAAACUUCUCCUCCUCCCCCUCUCUCCAAUCUCCACACAUCUGUCUCUUUGUUCUGGAGAAACCCAAAUGCCAAAACCCCUCUCUGACAACGACACCAACCACGAUGCCGUUUGAAUCUGAAGACAAUAAUCAAAAGCCACCCUCAACGACGACGACGACAAAAGUCCAACAAAGCAUGGGUCACCAGCCACCGCCCCAAACCGACCCGCUUCACUGCCCGCGCUGCGAUUCCACCAACACCAAGUUCUGCUACUACAACAACUACAACCUCGCUCAGCCCCGCCACUUCUGCAAGUCCUGCCGCCGCUACUGGACCCAAGGCGGUACCCUCCGCGACGUCCCCGUCGGCGGCGGCUCCCGCAAGAACUCCAAGCGGUCUCGCUCCACCACUUGCUCCUCCUCUUCCUGCUCGCCUUCCUCUUCCUCGCUCACCCAAGAGGUCACCUCAGUCGCUACCGCGAAACCCGUUUCCUUAUCCGCCGAAGUGAAGCCAGAGCCGGCCUCAGAUGUUGACCAUUUGAUGGACCUGAACGAGAACGUGGUCGGGAACGGGGGUUUUACUUCGCUGUUGAAUUCUCAGGGGCCACCUCCACCUGGGUUCCUGGCGCUUGGUGGGUACGGGUACGGGUACGGGUACGGGUCGGCGUUUGGUCACGGGCUUGAUGAAGUGGGUGAUGCUUUUGGCCAUGGCGGCAAAGGGGUUUGGGCUUUUCCUGAGGUCGGUGAUUUUCCAAGUACUGUCAUUGACCAUAACAAUAACAAUGGUGCUCCUUCCGGGUGCAACACGUGGCAGAUGACGACCAGUGCUGAUGGUGGAUUUGUCGAUGGGGAUUGCUUUGCUUGGCCGGAGCUUGAGAUUUCCAUGAUGCCUGCUUCAGGCAAAGCUUUCAAAUGCCACCGACCUGGGACCACGUGUUGCAUGGUUCAUUGUGUUGUGGAUGAUGCCGAAAGCUGACAGUGCUUCAUUUGGAAUUAGAAUAGCUUUUCUGCUCGAUUCCAUUGCAAUGCAAGAGAAACUUCCGCAUCUGGUUUCAUUACUUCUAUCACCCGUCAGAGUCACAGGAGGUGAGAGAUAGAGAGAAUGAGACAAUGAAACUGGAAUAGGGAAGUAGUUUUGUUUCAAAGUCGAACCUCUAGUUGGAUGGGUUCAAUGAACAAUAUUUCUGACUGUUUUUUGGUGUGCUGCUGAGAUUUGAUUUAUUAAAUUAGACAACAGUCCAACGUAUUAGGCGGAACUCAUAAAGACUAGUUUGGACUUUCAAUCUCCAAACAGAACCCUGAAUUUAACUUAUCCAAGGACUCUCCCAGUGUCUAAAGUUUUUCUUUUAUGUUAAGAAUGAAUUAUUGUUUAUUAUAUUAAGUAAUUGAUCUGCUCUC